CGUCAUCUUCUUCUACUCUCGAUUUUUUUCUGGGUUUGUCGUUUUAUGGGUUGAUUUGUAUCGUAAAACGGAGAAAACAAGAAGACUUCUUAUUGCGAAGAAGAUAUUUCUAGGGUUUCGAGAUUUUUCCAGAGGGCUUUGGUUUUGGAGUUGUAAUGGCUUUUGGGUCUGAAAACGAGAGCGAGACGAAGAUGGAAGGUUGGUUGUAUAUAAUUCGAUCUAAUCGAUUUGGAUUGCAUUUCUCUAGAAAACGUUACUUUGUUCUUCGAGAUCAUCUUCUCAAGAGUUUCAAGUCUAUCUCCGAUUCUAAAAGCAAGGAUGCUGGAAGAAGUGCGGUGAUAGAUUCGUGUAUUCGGGUUACUGACAAUGGGAGAGAAAAUGUUCAUAGAAAAGCAUUCUUCAUAUUUACACUGUACAAUACCUCAAAUCACAAUGAUCAGCUCAAGUUAGGAGCAAGCAGUCCGGAGGAUGCAGCAAGGUGGAUCAAUUUAAUUAAGGAGGCGGCUUUAAAGGGUGCCCCUUUUCCAGGAGAUGUUUUUAAUUGUUCGAGGAGCCGAUGGGACUCUUUGAGAUUGAGUAGCUCAGUGCGGGACCAUCACUCAAAUUCUAUUGACUGGACACUUCGGUCGUCUGCACGAGUAGAUCCUGUUACAACUGAUGUUGUUGCGCCUUCUCCGUGGACAAUAUUCGGUUGUCAAAAUGGUCUUCGGCUUUUCAAAGAGGCAAAAGAGAGAGAUUCUCUUGGAAGGUGGGAUGAUCAUCCGGCUAUUAUGGCUGUUGGUGUUGUUGAUGGAACUUCAGAAACCAUUUUCCAAACUCUUCUUUCUCUUGGACCCUCCAGAUCAGAAUGGGAUUUCUGUUUCUACCAAGGCAGUGUGGUCGAACAUCUUGAUGGUCACACUGAUAUAAUUCACAAACAGCUAUACAGCGAUUGGUUACCUUGGGGGAUGAAGAGAAGAGAUUUUUCGCUGCGGCGUUACUGGAGAAGGGAAGAUGAUGGCACAUAUGUUAUUCUUUAUCAUUCUGUAUUUCACAAGAAGUGUCCACCUCAGAAAGGCUAUGUCCGUGCGUGCCUUAAAAGUGGCGGUUAUGUGAUUUCUCCCAUAGACAACGGAAAACAAUCAGUUGUGAAGCAUAUGCUUGCUGUAGAUUGGAAGUCCUGGAGAUCUUAUGUGAAACCAUCCCUAGCUAGAUCUAUUACCGUGAAAAUGCUUGGAAGAAUUUCUGCUCUGAGAGAGCUUUUUAGGGCAAAGCAUGGAAGCUUUCCUCCUAAUCUGUCGUCAGGGGAGUUGUCAAGAAGUGCAAGAUUGACUCAGAACGAAGAUGGUGUGUUUGGUGAUUCUUCCCUGAGGGAAAGCGAAAUGUUUAAGGACACUGCAAAUGAAGAGAGAGACAAAUUUCCCUCAGAGCGCUCAAGCCUUGUAGACUUGGAUGAGUUUUUCGACGUUCCAGAACCAUCAGAUAAUGACCAUUUGGAUGACAGCUGGACCUCAGAUUUUGAUUUGGAUACAUGCUGCCAGGAAUCCCGCCAGCCAAAACUAAAUAGCGCUACGAGUUUAGUGAAGAAAUUACACGAUCUUGCAGUUCAAAAGAGGGGUUAUGUUGACCUGCAUGAGAGGGCGAGGGAAGAGAGUAGCCCGCACGCAGCCCGCAGCCCGCCUUGCUGCUAUGGAACCACGCUUCCAACUGAUCCUAGUUGUGAUUUGCCCUGUAGUUGGACAACAACUGACCCGUCUACUUUUCUCAUUCGAGGAAAAACUUAUCUUGAUGACCAGAAGAAGGUCAAGGCAAAGGGUACACUGAUGGAAAUGGUAGCUGCAGACUGGCUAAAAUCUGACAAGCGGGAAGAUGAUUUGGGGUCCCGUCCAGGAGGCAUAGUUCAGAAAUAUGCAGCAAAAGGUGGACCAGAGUUCUUUUUCAUCGUGAAUAUACAGGUGCCUGGAUCAACAACGUACAGCCUUGUGCUUUAUUACAUGAUGAGCACUCCCAUUGAAGAGCAUCCUUUGCUAGUUAGCUUUGUUAAUGGUGAUGACGCAUAUAGGAAUUCAAGGUUCAAGCUCAUUCCCUACAUAUCCAAGGGCUCUUGGAUAGUUAAGCAGAGUGUGGGAAAGAAAGCAUGCCUUAUUGGUCAAGCCCUGGAGAUCAAUUACUUCAGGGGAAAGAACUAUAUUGAGUUGGGCGUUGAUAUUGGGUCAUCCACGGUUGCAAGAGGAGUUGUGAGUCUUGUUCUUGGUUACCUUAACAAACUUGUGAUUGAAAUGGCAUUCUUGGUACAGGCGAAUACCGAAGAGGAGCUCCCAGAAUAUCUUCUUGGAACCUGUCGGUUUAACCAUUUAGACGCUUCCAAGGCAGUUUCAAUUAUUCCAUAAAAGACCAAAGCAAAGAUCAAAAGUUCAGACAAAGUAUUCUUUGAAAUUCUAUUGAAUGUCAUAGACACAGUUAGGCACUUCAUAUGCAACAACUCCAUUGAUAAGAUCUUGGGUGAUACUGCUGAAGUCCUUUGUAUAGUGACCUAUAGACUUAGUUCUUUUAUAUUUUAAACAAGAUUUAUUUGAUACAACUCCAUGUUAAGCAUUGAUUCUCCAGCUUCAGGACUUAUAAGUUUUGGUUUUGGAUUCCACCACUGCUUUAUGCACGCGAAAGACUGGUCUA